AUGUCGCCCAGUGUCUCUCGAACAUUCGGCCCAAACAUGUACGGACCAAGAAUUUUUGGCCUUCAAGAUUUUAGACGUCUGAAUUCCUAUGAACACCUGAAUAGAAAGAUAGGAAGCAAGCGUCAGACGAUAUGCGAUGUGAGCAUCAAGAACAAGAUUGACUCAGAGGAGCUCAUGGGGGUGGCGAAUCGUGACGAGAAUGAUGCUAUUUGGUGUGAAAGACUGUUGGCAAAAGGAGGUGUCGAUUUGAGAAGAAACGAGAUUUGCUGGAUGGAUCUGGAGGAUGACAUGUACACGACACGAGUCGCAACACAGAAGUUGAAACCAGUCGACGAUGUAGCGACGGACUUGAGGUCGAAACCCAUUCUUGUGGGUGGAUCAAUCAAAGGAACUGUUCUUACAGCUGGGGUGAUCCAAAUGCAUGACCUGCUAGGGCUGUACACGGAACAUCUCACACAGAUCCAGCCUGCAUUGGUGCUGUUAAGAGAAACAGAGUGGGCCGGUAUUGAUGAUGUUGAGAUUUGUGCUCAGGAUGUGUCUGAAUCCUUCAAGGUGUGGGUAGAUGUUGCGACAAGUUCCAUGACUGUCGCAGAAGUCGUCGCCGGGGCUGUAAGGCAUGAACAGAGUUCCCGAUCUUUUGACCUCUUUAACUUGAAGACACCCCAAAUUCUGAGAAGAAGGCCAGGCAAAAACUUAAGUACGCGCAGGGUUUCGCCCGAUUCCCGCUACGGCAGUAGUGGGUUUUGUGGUGCCAUGUGGAUUUCGAAAGAAAGGUGGCGUGCUUGUCGGGACAUGAUAGCAAAGUAUUGUUGGUUUUCAUCGCUGCGCAGUGAAUCCAAGACCAAGCACUUUAAGCGCAUCCAAGAUGGAGCAAAUACGCAUACGAGGACACGGUAUGAUCUUCUUUUGUCCGGUUUGCACGUCUACUUUGAUAAUGAAUUCGCUUCUGACCUGUCGAAAGAGGACGUCCUUGUCCGUCACACAGAUCCAGGAGGGCUCACUUGGGAGCAAUAUGAACAAGGGAUCAAGGUCUGGUGCGCAGAGCACGAUGUUAAACCUGUUACACCGCCUCCAGGCAACGAGAACGUACUCGAGAUUGCGCAUUUCAACGACAUAUACCAGGCGGCUGUGAUGAACGCGCUGAACGUUGAGAUUAGCGUUGCAGGAAACCACGAGUUUGAUUUUGGCUACCGUCGAUUGGCGGAGCUUAUCUCUGAUACAAACUUGCCCUGGCUUCUUAGUAACAUCAUUGACACAGACGCCGGCGCCGUUCCCGAGCCUCUGAAGGCCUUCCAUGUGAUCGAAAAGGGGGAGAGCUAG